UUCUAGAUUCGUAUCGAGGAGGAAUACAAGUUGAAAUUGUCUCAGCUUGAAGAAUCACACUCAACAAUUUUGGAGCAACAUAGUUCUCAAUCUAAGAGUGAUAUUGAGUCAAGCAUUGCAGCUUUGAAGGAAGAGCACGAACAAGCGCUUGCUGAUCUUGCCGAAACUCAUGCUGUCAAUAUUAAGGAAGUAAAGAACACCACUGUUGCGAAUGCACGUUCUGAGACUGAACGUCAAUUACGUGAAGAGUUCGAGUUACAGAUCGAACAAUUAUCGUCAAGCCAUAAUCAGGCUAUCGAUCAACUUCAGACACAUCAUUCUAGCCGCAUGGAACAACUCGAAUCUGAAUUGAAGUCUGAAAUCGAUAAACAAGCUGCUAUUGCACUUGAGCAUCAAACGAAAUUGGAUGGUCUCUUAUCCGAGCGUGAUGGUCAUUUAACAAGCAUUCAAAAGGAUAUGGAAGACGCGCUCAAAAAUGUGCACCAAGCCGAGGUUGCCCGUAUCAUUACUGAAAAUGAGUCUAAAAUGAACGAAUUGAAGCGUGAACAUAUUCUUCAACGUGACCAGGAAAAGGAAGCUGCCGAGGAGAAACAUAAGUUAGUUCUUGCAGAACUGGCAACGACUCAUGCUACUUUGCUUGCCACCUUAGAGGGAAAGCAUCAAGCUGAUUUGGUACAAGCUCGUGUACAGUUACAAGGUGACUUGACUGGACAAACAAGCCAAGAAAUUCAAAGUUUAAAUGAAAAGUUUGCCCUCCAAUUAAAGGAUGUCCAGGAGAAGCAUGAGGCUGAAAUUGCUGCUCUUCAAGCUGCUAACGAAAAACUUGAAGCUGAACAUGCUGACGCUUUUGUUGAAUUAAAGACAGCUCACCAAAGUCAAUUAGAGAAGGCUGAGGAGCAAUUGAAGGCCAGUACCUCGAACACUGAAUUGAUCGAUACUUUUGAAAAGAAAAUCCAAGAUUUGAAAGAAGCACACGCAAAAGAGUUGGCCCAGCUUACACAAGAUCAUGAUAAACAAUGCCAAGAAUGGCAGGCUACUAACACCUCAAUCAUGGAUAUUGAAAAGUCUCAUGCUGACGCCCUCGAUAAGCUUGGAAAAGAACACAUUACUGAACUGCAAGAGCAUAAAGACUUGAGUGAAAAAACUCUGCAGGAAGCCCUUGAAAAAUUGGAGAAUGCACAUAAGGCUAUCCUUAGCGAGGAGUUGUCCAAUUUGAAUGCCAAACACCAAGAAGAACUCAAGGUACUAGGCGAAGAACAGACCAACAAAAUUGCAGAGAUUGAAAAGGCGCAUGUUUUGGCACUUGGUUUACUCCAAACUGAAUUAGCUCUUAAGACGGAAGCUCUUGAAUCAGCUCAGGAUCUUUCCAAGAAGAGCAUUGAAAAGCAAACCCAAGAUCAUCAGUUGGCUUUGGAAAAAUUGGAAGAAGCCCACAAGGAAAAACUUGAUAACUUUUUGCAGCAAAUUGAGACUUUGAAGAAUUCUGGCAAUGGAGAAAUCACCGACAUUGUUAACAAGUAUGAAAAAGAAAUGACUGAACUGAAAGAAAAGCAUGGACAAGAAAUUUCCAAACUUCAAGUCACGCAUGAGCAAAUGACACAGGACCACGACUUAUUACGUGAAGAAACCAUCGAAAAGUUAACAGAGGCACACAAGAUUGCGAUUGAGACAUUGGAAAAUGAACACAAAAAGGUUGCACAGGAUCAGGAACAUAAUUCCCACAACGAGUUCAAGUUACGAACUGAAACUUUGACUGAAACACAUGCGCAGGAAAAGAAAACAUGGGAGGAAAAGCAACAGAAGGAAGUCUCCGAUUUGAAGACUGAACAUGCCGUAGCAUUGGCCGCUUUAAUGCAAUCUUUAGAACUUGCAAAGAAGGAGCAUGAAAGUGACAUUCAAAACUUAAAGGACGAACACGAGCUUAUCCUUAAUCAGUUGGCCUCCACUCAUACAAGCUCCGUUGAAGCCAUCCAAAGUAGCCAUAUUGAAACUAUGAAAGAGAUUGAAUCCAGAACAAUCGGUGACACUGAAAAAAUAAAGGUAACUAGCUGUGUAACCCAAUACCAAGAAAUAACUCAUGAUCUAAAAAAAUUUCUGUAACUUUUUUUUUCUUUAAAUAGGGUGAUAUUAAAUCAAAUUAUGAUUCUCUUUUGGAAGAUUUGAAGCGCACACAUGAUGCUACUAUCCAAGACUUAAAGAAGGAGUUUGAAGAGAGUAACCAAAAGCUGAUCAGUAAAAUGGGACUUCAAUCUGAAAAUAUUAGAUCCCAAGUUGAGGUAAAAAAAAGCAUAUUCUAUAUUUAUCAUUUGUGUCCGACCAAUGGCGUGGGGGA